AUGAAAUGGGUUUCAAACCUUCCACAAGGGGACGAUAUUCCGUAUCCAUUCAUCACUGAUGAACCUGACUUGAAGACCAUGGCUCGCUACUUUAGAACAUCUGAUUAUGUUGCCAUGACUGGCUUUGCAACUGUUUUCCCUGGUGCUCUCUAUGCUUUGGGUAGGUCAACUCUUCGAUCCUAA